UUAAUUCUCUUUUCUCUUUCUUUCUUUCUUUCUUUCUUGGCUCUGGUAUUCCCUUGGGUUUUGAUUCUCCACCAUAUUUUCCUAAAGAGCCAUCAACCUUUAUAAAAGAAGAAAAAAGAAAAGAUCACAAAAACCAUGGUUUUCUCAUCCAUUCCAGUAUAUUUAGAUCCUCCCAAUUGGCACCAGCAACAAAAUCAUCACCAUACCCUAGCGAGCAGUGAAAGCCCUCAACUUCCUCCGCUGCCCCCACCACAGCUCUCUCAUGGCACUGGUUCGGGUUCCGGUCCGGGCUCAAUCCGGCCCGGUUCGAUGGCUGACCGAGCUCGGCUGGCCAAGAUGCCGCAGCCGGAGACGGCUCUAAACUGUCCCCGGUGUGAGUCCGCCAACACCAAGUUUUGCUAUUUCAACAACUACAGCCUCUCUCAGCCACGGCACUUCUGCAAGACGUGUCGGCGCUACUGGACCCGAGGCGGCGCCCUCCGCAACGUCCCGGUCGGGGGCGGUUGCCGGAGAAACAAGAAGAGCAAAAGCGGCAGUACUAGCCGCUCUAAGUCCCCGGCAACUUCCGCCGAGAAACAGCAGAUUACAGCCGGUCCUAAUUCCAUUCCCAACCCAACAAGCGUAAUUCCCUCCGGAGCCGAGUUAGUCGGCCACUUUUCUCAGCCCCAAACUCACUCUUCUUUCAUGGCCUCUAUCCAAAACCUCGCCCGGUUCGGCGGUGGCGCCGGCGGCGGCUUGGGGCUAAACUUCAGCGAGAUCCAAGGACAGACUGAGCAUCAUCACAACAUAGGGUUUCAGAUUGGAUCAGCCAACAAUAUUUCGAGCGAUCAAAGCGGUGUAAUCUUACAAGGCGGCGAAGUGGAUCAGUGGCGUUUGCAGCAAUUCCCUUUCUUGGCCACUCCAGAUUUCAAUCAGUCUUCCACUGCCGGAUUUUACAACCCUUUAAUUCAAGGUAGUAAUACUACUACUACUACUGAAGUUGAAGACUGCGUGAUAAGGACCAAUAUGCCCUCAGAUACUCCUAGGGUUUCUCAGUUCCCGCCAGUGAAGAUGGAAAGACGGCAAGGGCUAAACUUGUCAUCACGGCCUAGUUUGGGUAUUUCUGAAAAUAAUCACAAUUUCUGGGGUGGAAAUAGUAGUUCUACUGCGUGGACAGAUUUAUCAGGUCUCAACUCUUCUUCCGCCAGCCAUCUCUUGUGAGUUUGGGAAUUACAAGGUCGUGUUUGGAUCUAAUUAUUUGAUCAACAAUAAUACUAAUGGGCGACAAUUAAAUAUAUGACCUGGAGAACUACUGCCUAGUGUUGCAUGAUGCAAAAAUUAAUGCUACAAUUGGUAGGAUUUGGUCAUGUUCUUGUGUGUCUUUUUUUUUUUUUUUUGCUUUUCUUUUUCUACUGAUUUGUUUGGUUAAUAUGUCCAGUUCGCGUAUCGUAUGGGUUUGUUUGCCGUAACUAAGUACCUUAUUGUCUGUAAGUUAUGGGGAUUUGUCAUCUGACACUAUGAGAGCUAGUUUUGUCUGUA